AUGCUGUCGUCCAUUCUCGCCGCUAUCAGAUCACCUCCUGAUCAAGCCGAUGGGGUGCAGCAAAGGACCCCUCGGUAUGCUGGCGAAGACACGACACCGACAACCCGCCGUGAGAUUCUCGGCUGGUAUGCUUACGGCAUUGCGGCCGAAGUCUUCGCAGUCUGCGGUGUAGGUUCUUUUUUGCCUCUUACCCUUGAGCAGCUAGCGCGCGAACAUGGUACACUGCAGACCAGCCACCUCCCUUGUUGGGGGCCCGAGGCGCCGACGAAUGGCACACAAGCAGACGAACAGUGUAUUGUUGGGGUGAUGGGACUCCACAUUACCACUGCGAGUUUCGCCAUGUAUACAUUCUCCCUAGCGGUGCUAAUCCAAGCACUGACAUUGAUUUCGUUCAGUGCGCUGGCGGAUUAUGAAAGUAAUCGCAAGACGCUGCUCUUGUCCUUUGGGUUCAUCGGCUCGGUCACCAGCAUGCUCUUCAUGUUUGUCGCGCCGUCGGUAUUUAUCAUCGGCUCCAUCUUGGUUGUCAUCGGCGUCACCUGCCUCGGAUCCUCCUUUGUUGUCCUAAACUCGUUUCUACCCGUCAUGGUCGCCAACGACCCAUCGGUCCAAGAGAUCAAAGAUGGAGAUAACGAGAUGUCGAGCUUCCAGGCCAGCAAUGGCGCUGGUGACGACGCUGACUGGAACGCAUGGGACGACGAGGACAGUGUCGAUGGCAUACAAGGAACAGGUCAAUACAACCAGCCCAGAGAGGAUGGUAUCAAGAGCAAAAGCGCGGGAUCUACCCCGGAGCUUCAGCUCUCUACAAAGAUCUCGUCCAAGGGUGUUGGGCUUGGAUAUUGUGCGGCGGUAUUCGUCCAAAUUCUCAGCAUUCUGCUACUGAUCACACUUUCUAAGACCAAGCUCGCAAAGAUCUCUGCAUCUCUCCCAAUGCGUUUCGUCUUGCUGUUGGUUGGAAUAUGGUGGUGUGCAUUCACUUUUGUCGCCGGCCGUUGUCUGCGCGCACGACCUGGUCCCCGUCUUGACACCUCAUCUGCCCCCGGUGCCUCUCGGUGGCGUGUAUGGUUACGGCUUAUGGGAUUCGCAUGGAAGUCACUGUGGCAGACCGUCAAAGUGGCAGUGAAGUUGCGUGAGGCCAUGAUCUUCCUUGUCGCAUGGUUCUUGUUGUCAGACGCCAUGGCUACUGUUUCCGGUACAGCCAUCCUCUUUGCGCGUACAGAACUAAAGAUGAGCACCACAGCAGUCGGUCUGUUGUCAAUCACUGCAACCCUAUCAGGCAUGACUGGUGCGUUCCUCUGGCCGCACGUAUCCCGACGAUUUGGACUCAAGUCCAACCAAACGAUCAUCGUUUGCAUUGUACUAUUCGAGACCAUCCCGCUCUACGGAAUGCUGGCCUAUAUCCCUUUUGUCAAGAAUUGGGGUGUAAUUGGUCUUCAAAAGCCGUGGGAGAUCUUUCCACUUGCAAUUGUUCACGGGAUUGUUUCUGGAGGUCUGGCCUCCUACUGUCGCUCCUUCUUUGGCAUGUUGAUUCCUCCUGGUAGCGAGGCUGCGUUCUAUGCGCUGUACGCGGCCACGGACAAAGGUAGUUCAUUCAUCGGACCGGCGGUGGUGGGACUACUUGUUGACGCGACCGGUCAGGUCCGGUCAGGUUUCUUCUUCAUCGCCAUUAUCAUUGUGCUUCCAAUUCCUCUGGUUUGGAUGGUGAACGCCGACAAGGGUCAUCGCGAUGCUCUUGCCAUGGCCGAAACCUUGGGUAAAUCGCAUGGUGGGCCAGUCGAUGAUGCCCAGGAGGCAGAGGGACUUCUCUCCCGUGAGCAAUAA